AGUAAAGAAUAUUCCUAAAAACAUACAGAAAUGGAUUCUUCCGAAAACGAUUCCGAAAGUGAAUAUUCUGUCGAAAAGGAAGGCACCGAAUCAUCUUCUGAAGAAGAGAAUAGCAGCGAUGAUGAUGUGCCAAAACUUGCCGAUGAUGAGUACAAAGAGAUGCCCUUUGAAGACUUGCUUAAGCUGCAAAAGAAACUUGGUUCGCGCGUUUACAACGAAGCCAUAUUUGGUAAGACAAAGGAAAGAACCCAAAGAACCACGGCGAAACCAGCGAAAAAGCCCAAACCAUCAGCAGAAAGUGAUUCAGACGACGAUAGUGGUCCUGAGGAGGUGACAUCGAAAAGAAAAGUUCCGGCCUUAGGAAUGGGGAAGAAAGCUAAAAAUGCUUCCAUUUCGCGACCUCGGGAUCCACGCUUCGAUCCCCGGCAAGGAUAUUUCAGUGGUCGCCAGUUCAGGAACAAUUAUGGCUUCAUAAAUGAUUUGCGAAACAAAGAGCUGAGAAAGCUGAAAAACAAGCUGGAACUGGCGACCGAUCCUGAAGAGGUGAGCACGUUGAAAUUCUUGGUUCAGAGAACUGAAAAUCAGAUCCGCGAGUAUGCCAAACAAAAGGCUCUCGAUAGCGAUAAGUUGCGCGAGAAGCAACAGGUUCGCGAAUCCGUAAAGGAAGGAAAGCGACCAUUUUUCGAACGGAAGAGCACCAAGCAGGCACGCGCGCUUGUUGAACAGUACGAUAAGCUGAAGGAUGACGGAAGCCUGGCAAAGCACAUCGACAAAAGGCGAAAGAAAAUUUCGGCUAAGGAUAGGAAAAAGCUCGAUUUCUCUACGUAG